AUGUUCUCCCUCUCCCUUGUCGGGCUGGUCGCAGUCUCGCUCGUCCCUUCGACCCUCGCGUCUAUCUCUGAGGCCAUCCCCUCUGACUUCCCCGACCCCAGUAUCUUCCUGUGGGACGGCGUUCAUUAUGCAUUCUCCACGUCCAGCGGCUCGCUGAAAGUUCCUGUCGCUACUUCUACGGACUUCGCUACCUGGACAAAGACCGGCAGUGAUGCUCUGCCCACCCUCGGCGCCUGGAGUGACAACGGCGCAGUGUGGGCUCCCGAUGUCGUUCAAAUCGCGGACGGCAGCUUCGUGAUGUACUACGCCGCUUCUCUAGCGGACGGCUCCACGCACUGUGUCGGUGCGGCUAAAUCCACCAGUGUCUCUGGCCCUUACACCGCGGAGGCGAACUAUAUCGCUUGCCCGUCGAGCCAGGGCGGUGCAAUCGACCCUGCUGGCUUCGUCGACUCGGACGGCUCUCACUACGUCGUCUAUAAAAUUGAUGGCAACAGCAUCGGUCACGGAGGCCCACUCGUAUCCACCCCCAUCAUGAUCCAGCCACUCGAGUCCGACGGCGUCACACCAACCGGCUCCCCCACCCAACUCCUCGACCGCUCCGACGCAGACGGGCCCCUCAUCGAAGCCCCCUCCCUGAUUAAAGUCUCUGGAAUCUACUACCUCUUCUUCUCGUCCAACUGUUACUCCAGCCAGUGGUACGACGUCACCUGGGCCACCGCCGACAGUCUCCUCGGUCCUUACACCAAGCGCGGACCUCUGCUCCUCACUGGAACGCCUUACAGCCAGCUUUACGCUCCGGGAGGGAUGGACGUUUCGGUGGAUGGACAGAGGAUGGUUUUCCAUGCUGAUCAGUCGACCUCUGGGUAUAAUGGUGUUAGACCUAUGUGGACUGCGUAUAUCACCGUCAGUAAUUAUCAGGUCACGAUCUAG